UAUUGAGCCUGCGAAAUACGCAGGAAGAGGAGCCUCCGGAUCCGCAGCUGAUGCGUUUAGACAACAUGUUGAUUGCAGAGGGCGUCGCUGGACCGGAGAAGGCAGGCGGCGCCAAUGUGGCAGCGAAUGCCGCCGCGGCCGCCGCUUCCGGCCCACCCGAGCACGCCAUCGAGCACUCGGACUACCGCGCCAAACUCUCGCAAAUCCGCCAAAUCUACCACCAGGAGCUUGAGAAAUAUGAACAGAUGAUCGAAAAGCUGUGUGUCUACUUCGUUUUAGGUUUGGAAAGG